AGCAGCUCUAGUCCCGGCCCGUCGCCUCUUGGGUAGCCAGUAAGUCGACACGGCCGCUUGCCCGCUCCCCUGCCCUGCCCUCUGCCCUGACGUUAGCGCCUCUUCUCUUCCCUGCGGCGAAUCUGCGCGACCUGUCCCGCCGCUAACAUAGUUUGGGCGGUUGUCAGGGAGAAACAAGAUGGCGGCGGCGGCAGAGGAGGACACGGAGCUGCGGGACCUGCUGGUGCAGACGCUGGAGAGCAGCGGGGUACUCAAUAAAAUCAAGGCAGAACUACGAGCAGCUGUAUUUUUGGCACUUGAAGAGCAAGAAAGGGUAGAGAACAAAACACCCCUGGUAAAUGAAAGCUUGAAAAAGUUUCUAAAUACAAAAGAUGGUCGCUUGGUUGCUGGUCUUGUUGCAGAAUUUCUUCAGUUUUUCAAUCUUGACUUUACAUUGGCUGUUUUUCAGCCUGAAUCAAGCACACUAAAUGGGCUUGAAGGGCGAGAGAAUUUAGCCCGAGAUUUAGGAAUUAUAGAAGCAGAAGGUACUGUAGGUGGCCCCUUAUUGUUGGAAGUGGUCAGAAGAUGUCAGCAGAAAAAGGGCUCCAGUGGCGGAGAAGUAGCUCCAGUUCUGUCUGACAUACAUUCUUCAUCAAAAUCACCCGACAGAAGAUCAAAUACACAUCCAAUAUCAAGUAAGAUACCAAGGUAUAAAGGACAUCGUAAACUGAAAAAGUGCUUGGACAAGGCUGGUGAGCAGGUUGCCGAAACCAGUCAAAGCGAUACAAGUAUUUCAUCAGGAGAAACAAAAAGCAAAAGCAGCAUUCACUUUCUUCCCAAUGAGACAAAGCUAGUUUCUCAACCACACAACAAAGACUUAAAUACCAAAGAAAAAAGUGAUCCAGCUGUAGGUGAGGAUGAUAUAGAGGGAGAUUCAUUUUUUGAUGAUCCCAUACCCAAACCGGAGAGAAACUAUGGCUGGCCCCUUGAUAAAAAUAGUGAUACUGAAGAAGAUGCAGGAGAUCUAUUUGUGACAGAAGACAGGCAGAAGUCCAUGGAUAGGAAAACAGAGUCCAACAAACGAGGAGGAAGCCUUGCAUCUCUUUCUGAUGCACCCCCGCUAAGGAGUGGGCUAAGCUCCCUUGCUGGAGCACCUUCACUAAAAGAACCUGACCAUGCAAAUAGAAACUCUGUUUUGAAAGAUCUACGCUUGGUGAAUGCAAAAUUUGGAUCUCUUGAAUUAGGAACUGGUGAUGAAGAUGAGUAUGUUGAUGAUUUCAACAGUACCAGUCAUCGCUCAGAAAAAAGUGACAUCAGUAUUGGUGAAGAAAUAGAAGAAAUUUCUGUGGAAAUAGAAGACUUGAAUGCCAGUGAUAAACUUGAAGACCUCACACAAGAUCUUACCAUUUCUCAGUUAAGUGAUGUUGAUGCUGCAGAUUACAUAGAGGAUGUGGCAUAGAACUGAACAGCAGAGGUGUUUCAAGUGUUGGAUUGAGGACUCUUGUGGACUGCUAUUUUCAGACAAUCAUUCUUUGCUGGAAAGUCUGUUCCCUAUUUGUGCCUUGUGUUUCAGAAAGACUGGAGAUGUAGAGAGCUCUUAUAAAAUCAUAGCAAGAACUGAAUGAAAUAGUUCAUUCCAGCUUGAGUCUAAUAUUGGAAUUGUUGUUCUCCAUCUGGUUCAGCAAAACCUUUCACACAAGGAGUUGAAUUUUUCCAGCUGGAUUUCCAUUGCUGGCGAUGGAUACACAAAACCAUCAGUCUAUAGGAGAACAUAACUGAAGAAAUCAGCAAAGCUGCAGAACUUCUAUACAGAUGUAUGGCUUUAUAAGAAAUUUACACUGUUAUGGUAACAGUCUGAUUUUUUAGCUAAGGUAAGCAAGAAAACUUAGAGUUACUUCUUCAACUUACUAAAAUCUUCAGCACUCUAUUUGAAAUUUACAUAAUAUCUAAUAAAUCUGCCUCAGUACCUAGUCACUCCAUGCCUACUUUAAGGAGUCAAGAUUUUUCAGAAGUGACUAGUGAUUUUUGGGAGCCCAACUUUAGAGAUCUGUAAGGGGCCUGAUUUUUAGCAUUUUCUGAAAAUCAGGCCCCUUUAAAGUGUCUCCAGUUGAACAGCCCAAACUGAGGCAGCUAAAAUCAGUAGGCACCUCUUGAAAAUCUUGGCUGAAGUAUCUGUCAACUCUGAACUUUCUUGUUUUAAUGUAUUUGUCAGACCAUUAACGUUACUCUAAACUACUUUUUUUGUGUGAUUAUUUCAUUAAUGUUAACAGCUGUUAAAAUCCCAAUAAAAAUGUGAGAUUCCCUUAUGAUCCACAGAUCAUAAUACAGAAUAACAAAAUUUCUGAGAAGAGCUGUUUAAUGGUUUGUGGAGUUCAUGUUACUGGGGAAGAUCUUAAUUUGUAUUGACUCACUUUCAUUGUUUAAAAUCCAUAUUCGUUUUAAAAACAGAGCACCAAAAAAGUAUGAAACAAUUAAACUUCUCUGUGUAUCAGAAUCUAAUGACUAAUGAACAGAUUUAAACCCAAAUAUUUAAAAAUAAAUACCGGGCCUAAGAUAUUGAACCCACUAAGUUAUAGCCAGGAGCACAUUUUUGUAUUUCCAUUAUCAACUCUUGAAAAACAGUCAGUAAUGGAAACAUUGACAGUUUCUUAACUAUACUGUCAUGCUUGGCGCUGCUGUAUUAUAUAGGUCAUGGACAUUUGUAAUACUGAAACAAGCCGUCAAAAUGUGUAUUUUUUGAGCAUUGUUAGAAAAAUACAUUGGAAAAGAUACAUGUCAGUGAAUAUAAAGAUAUAUUAAUCAUC